AUGAGCGUGACUUCUCCCAAUGAUUGGCUGCAAUAUGGAAUGGGCGGGCACAACAUCGAAGCAAACACGAUCCUAUACCACACCUUGAACCAAUUGUCGUCUUUGGCCGCCGCUCUGAACGAAAGCAGCCUCGCCGCCUCGUGGACCCAGACUGCCUCCACCCUCAAGUCGUCCGCCAACACGCUCCUCUGGGAUGACUCCGCCGGGAUGUACCGUGACAACGAAACGACAACGCUCCACCCCCAAGACGGCAACGCCUGGGCCGUUGUCGCCCAUCUCACCCUCAGCGCAAUCCAGUCCCGCUCCAUCAGCUCCGACCUCGCCAUGCGCUGGACGGCGUACGGCACCCCGACGGCGGAGGCGGCAGAUGCGAUCUCGCCCUUCAUAUCCGGCUUUGAGCUGCAGGCUCACGUCUUUGCGGGCAAGUGGGGCUUCAUGCUCGACGACCCGCGGAUGAUGAAUAGCACGUUCAUACAGGGCUACUCGGCCACUGGCGCGCUGCUCUACGCGCCGUACAGCCUCGACGCACGUAUCAGCCGCGCGCUGGUUCCUCACUAG